GUAGGUCUUUGGCCAUGAACCCCAUCCAGAGGCCUGAGAUGUACAUCAUCGGCGCUCAGCCGGUGUGCAGCCAGCUGCCGGGGCUCUCCCCCGGGCAGCGCAAGCUCUGCCAGCUCUACCAGGAGCACAUGGUGUUCAUCGGGGAAGGGGCUCGAAGUGCCAUCAAGGAGUGCCAGUACCAGUUUCGGCAGCGGCGGUGGAACUGCAGCACGGUGGACAACACCUCCGUCUUUGGGAGGGUCAUGAAAAUAGGUAGCCGAGAAACCGCUUUCACCUACGCCGUGAGUGCUGCCGGGGUGGUGAACGCCAUCAGCCGGGCUUGCCGUGAGGGAGAGCUUUCCAGCUGUGGCUGCAGCCGGACCGCCCGGCCCAAGGACUUGCCCCGAGACUGGCUGUGGGGCGGCUGCGGGGAUAACGUGGAGUACGGAUAUCGUUUUGCCAAGGAGUUUGUGGAUGCCAAGGAGAGGGAGAAGAACUACGUGAGAGGUUCGGAGGAGCAGGCUCGCAUGCUGAUGAACUUGCAGAACAACGAGGCUGGUCGCAGGAUUUUUGGGAAUAGAAGGCCAGAAGCAAACAUUGAAUCGGGCUACCUGGCUAUGUCUGAAAUUUAUGUGUUGCACAGUUACCUUGUGGGAGAAAUAAUAGGGAAGGAAAAGUACGACGCCGCCCCGGCCAUGAGGACCAGCCGCAAGGGCAAGCUGGAGCUGGUCAACAACCGUUUCAACAUGCCAACGCAAGAGGACCUGGUCUACGUCGACCCCAGCCCGGACUAUUGCCUGCGCAACGAGACCACUGGCUCCCUGGGCACCCAGGGCCGACUGUGCAACAAGACCUCGGAGGGCAUGGAUGGGUGCGAGCUGAUGUGCUGCGGACGGGGUUACGACCAGUUCAAGAGCGUCCAGGUGGAGCGUUGCCACUGCAAGUUCCAUUGGUGCUGUUACGUCAAGUGUAAAAAGUGCACAGAGAUCGUCGACCAGUACGUCUGUAAAUGAAAAGAGCCACCAAAGCAACAAAUCUAUAUUAUAUAAAUCUAUAUAAAUAUAUUUUAUAUUUGUAUAAAUAAACAGAUGAUGAUAAUAAUUAAAGAAGCUUAUUUAA